CGUUUGACACAAAAACUGGGUUGCGUGUGGCCGUAAAGAAGCUGUCCCGACCAUUUCAGUCUAUCAUCCAUGCCAAAAGGACUUACCGAGAGCUGCGGCUGCUUAAGCACAUGAAACAUGAAAACGUUAUUGGCUUGUUGGAUGUGUUCACCCCUGCCAAGUCACUAGAAGAAUUCAAUGAUGUGUACUUGGUGACACACCUUAUGGGAGCAGAUCUGAACAACAUUGUGAAAUGCCAGAAACUCACCGAUGACCAUGUGCAGUUCCUCAUAUACCAGAUUCUUCGGGGACUGAAGUACAUCCAUUCAGCUGACAUAAUACACAGGGAUUUAAAACCUAGUAACCUAGCUGUAAAUGAAGACUGCGAGCUGAAGAUUCUGGAUUUUGGCUUGGCCCGACACACGGACGAUGAGAUGACCGGGUACGUGGCUACCCGGUGGUACAGGGCUCCUGAGAUCAUGCUGAACUGGAUGCAUUACAACCAGACAGUUGAUAUUUGGUCAGUGGGAUGCAUUAUGGCUGAACUGUUGACUGGAAGAACGUUGUUUCCUGGUACAGACCAUAUUGAUCAGUUGAAGCUCAUUUUGAGACUCGUUGGAACCCCAGGGCCUGAGCUUUUGAAGAAAAUCUCCUCAGAGUCUGCAAGAAACUACAUUCAGUCUUUGUCUUACAUGCCGAAAAUGAACUUUGAAAAUGUGUUUAUUGGUGCCAAUCCGCUAGCUGUGGACUUGCUAGAGAAGAUGUUGGUACUGGACACAGACAAGCGAAUCACUGCGGCAGAAGCGCUGGCUCACGCCUACUUUGCUCAGUAUCACGAUCCGGACGAUGAACCAGUGGCAGAUCCCUAUGACCAGUCUUUUGAAAGCAGAGAACUUGAGAUUGAAGAAUGGAAAAGCCUGACUUAUGAUGAAGUAAUCAGCUUUGUGCCGCCGCCGCUUGACCAAGAGGAGAUGGAGUCCUGAGAAGCUGCUCUCUUCUGUUUGUCCCACUUCACUGUGAGGGGAAGGCCUUUUCAUAGGGACUCUCCGAUUAUCGUUCAAGUGCCUCGUCACAACAAUAUUCUCCUUGGUGGAGGGGUUUUGUGUGUGUUGAAUUGG